AUGACUCCUUUAUGCGAGAUCAUCAAACUCGAACCUGAGAACGAGCCUUGGUGUGCCGGUUACGCUCCUUCGCAGGGCCGUCGUUGUCAUGCCCGUACAAAUGCACGCGGUCGUAGGUCGGCAAUGAUUCUUCUCAGCGAUGGUACCAAAGACCUUUGCACCGGUCGGAACAUUGAUACAUUGCUAGAGGAUUUAGCUCCUCAUGUUUUAUGCACAAGGUUCCACCAGAACCAAGCAUCUGAUCUCGCCCGUCGUUGGAAAAGACAAGUCCGUACAUAUCUCGAUUCGCAGGUUGUUUCGAUGCCAUAUAGACGGCCAGUGAGAACACCAUCCAGAAUGAUCUCGGCGCCCGCUGAGGCGAAUAUGGAUGACAUGAUUGUCGUUCUUCGCCAAAAACUUCGCGAUGCCGAGGAAGAACUCAGGCGCUUUAAGCUCGCUCAAUCUGGCCGACCAGUUACUACAAUGUCUCCUCAUCACGAGGGUAGAGCCAUGAGCGCAGUUGUCAAUUCUAGCAGCAUGGGAAGGGCACCGAGCAGAAAUCCUCCAGUAAACCGUGUCAACGAAACAGUGAGAAGAGAAUUGACACAAUCUUCUACCAAUCAGUCAGCAAUCACUACACCUCCUCCAGUUCAAGCCCAAGCCAGUCUUCAAACAAGCGAUGUUUCUAUUUCGAUCCCAAGACCAGUGGACACACCAAAUAUGACAAGACCAGUAAGCACACCAACUGUGGCUCACGUCGCCAGCAGCACUGGUACCACAGCCAGCCGGGAUGAAAUAUCCCAGGUCAAUCGCCGUAAGAUUGAAGGAGAAUGUGGUAUCUGUUUGCGCAACUUGCAUUGCCCGCAAGAUGAGGACCGGGAGGAACAAGAGGAGAGCGAGAACAGUGGUGGCGAUGACAAUGAUGAUAAUGAUCAACACAAUGAUGAUGAUGAUGAUAAGGAUGAUGAUGAUGAACAACUUGAAGAAUUGGUUUGGUGCAAGACACGCUGUGGAGUCAACUUCCACAAACAAUGCAUCGACCAAUGGCUGGAAACAGAUCAUGCUUCCACAUGCCCAACAUGUAGAAGUGAUUGGAAACAGUGA